AUGGACGUCGCCUACAAGCAGCAUGCCAGCCCGGCCAGGCGAAAGAACCGCUCCUCGACCAACCUCAACCAUUUGACUUUGGCGCCCCUCACCUCCAAGCUUCCUCUCGCUGACCCGGACGACCUGCCCGAGUUUGUAGCUUCACCACUCCAGCACAACGUGUCCUACCUGCAGGGCAAGUCAGCCCCCACCACCCCAAGGCUGCUUGCACGGUCGCCCGCCAGGGGCAACUCGCGGAGCCGCCAACCCUCGGCCCACGAGCCGAGGACGGACACGCUGCCCAAGAGCAAGUCCGCUUCUCACUUGGCCGGCAUAAGCAAUGGCCAGCACAAGGGCGCCGGCUCGUUCACGCCCACAAGCCGCCGGCGCAAGGAGGACCACUCGUCCUUCUCCAUAGACGACCGCAACGACAGUGACUGGAUGCUACGAGCCGGGGCGCUGAUCAGCACAGAGGCCCGGGAGUUCAAGGGCCAGGCGUGGCUGGUCUCCAAGCAGAGCUCCACGAGCCUGACCGGGCUGCGUGAUGCCGAGGAAGAAGCCUUCGAGCGCGAGCUGGCCAGGGAAAAGGAGCUCGCCAGCAGACGGGGCAGCCGCCGUGGAAGCCUGGCCGCCGAGGACAUGAUGACCGCGCCCAGCAGUCGGCUCGGCAGCCGCCACCACAGCAGAAGGGGCAGCCGGACUCUACCAAGGACACCGCUGGACCGCCAGACGGACGAAGGCUAUUUCAAUCAGGUCGUGGUCUCAGAAGAGUACAUUCAAGGCCCUGAUUUCGUGGGCCUAGAUGAGAAACUCGAGGCUAUAGAGAUCGACACGAGCCAAGCAGACGAGGCAACGGUCAGGAGGCUCGUGAAGCGCGAGAGCGUGGGCAAGGGCUCCUGGAUGGGCAACUUGAUCGGCUGGUCUCUGUUCUCGGUUGAGGAGAACGAAGAGGAAUCGGACAGCGAGGACAGUGUUUCCGACAGCGAAGAGAGCGGUCACUUGGAGCGGAGUGCGAGCACGAGGCAUCUCGAAGGCAUAUCGAGUGUCCCGGAACCACGUAUACCCCCGCCAAAGUCAGACGAUGGCGGCUGGCAAGAUGCUGCCUGGCUGCUGAGCGUGGCAAGCAAAGUAAUGUUUUAG